AUGCUUCCUUAUACUUCUUUAGCUCAGACACAAGUGAAUCUAACGAAUACAACAACAGCAACUAAGCAAACAUAUUAUUGUGCAGGAAUCUCAUCCUAUACACACUGGCAACUAUAUUCCACCAACGGAAUCACAAUGAAUAUUGAUACGACGAAUUGUAGUUUUCCUUCAACUCCAUACUAUUUCACUAGUAUGGCUGGUUCUAGCGGUCAUUGGUCAUUAGAUAGUUAUACUGCUAUUUAUUUUUCAACAAAUAUUUCAUUUACAAUUUAUGCUUAUCCAUCGGUUGCUUGGAGUAAUACAGCCAUGCAUAAUUAUUCUCAAACAUACAAAUGGAAUGUAAAUUGGUUUGGUAUUUCUUCUUAUUAA